AUGGUGAACGAAACAGUCCCUCCCACGAUGGCGCUCAACUUCACGUCGGCCGCGGCCGACCUCCCGCCCCUUCCGGCCUACACGCUGAGGCCCAAGCCGGACCUCAUCCCCGGGAUUCCCGACAGCUACCUCAACGUCCUCCUCCCGAUCGUCGUCUACUGGUGCCUGUCCAUGUUCUUCCACUUCAUCGACGUCUACGACAUCUGGCCGCAGUACCGCCUGCACACCCCCGAGGAGAUCUCCAAGCGCAACCACGUCUCCCGCUACGAGGUCGCCCGCGACGUCCUGAUCCAGCAGCUGAUCCAGAUCGUCAUGUCCGUCUUCCUCGAGUUCAUCGACGACGAGCAGACCGUCGGCCGCGAGGACCACGACGUCGCCGUCUGGGCCACCCGCGUCCGCCUCGCCCAGCGCGCCCUGCCCACCCUUCUCGGCCUGCUCGGCCUCAACGCCGCCUCCAUCUCAAAGAACAUGUCCGCCUCCGGCCACCCCUUGCUCGCCGGCGCUCUCGCUGGCGGCCACUACCCCUUCCUCACCACCGAGCUGCUCGACGGAUCGCACUCCGUCGUCCCCGCCUUCGCCGCCUGGGAGCUCUUCGUCGCCAAGGCCAUCUACUGGCUCGCCAUCCCCGGAUUCCAGCUCUUCGCUGCCGUCUCCGUCCUCGACACAUGGCAGUACUUCCUCCACCGCCUCAUGCACGUCAACAAGUGGAUGUACACCACCUUCCACUCGCGACACCACCGCCUCUACGUCCCCUACGCCUACGGCGCCCUCUACAACCACCCGUUCGAGGGCUUCCUCCUCGACACCCUCGGCGCCGGCCUCGCCUUCCUUUUCACCGGCAUGAACGCCCGCCAGGGCCUCGUCUUCUUCUGCUUCUCGACGAUAAAGACGGUCGACGACCACUGCGGCUACUCCCUGCCCUGGGACCCCCUCCAGCACAUCUCGAGCAACAACGCCGCCUACCACGACAUCCACCACCAGACGUGGGGCAUCAAGACCAACUUCUCCCAGCCGUUCUUCAUCUUCUGGGACCGCAUCCUCGACACGAGGUACAAGGGCGGCAGGAAAAACCGCGUAGAGGAAGCGCAGAAGCAGCACAAGGCAGUGGAGGCUAAGUCCGAAUGA